GCCGCGGGUGAACAAACAGCCGUGAUGUAUUUCGGGGUUCCACUUUUCUUCACGUGGACGUGCUAUUUUCCUCCCAACUCGUGAAACCUUACUAGUGCUAAUUUUGCCAGCGUGUCAUAACAAGGAUCUCAAGAUGACCACUGCAGGACGCCAAGGGAGGUCACCUCGCCUUCCUGCCGUAGCAGAGUCCUCGCCGAACCAUAGGAACGAGUUGGUGAUUAAUUCGGCCACUAGUACACCAAAGUCAGUUGGCACUCAUGUUAGGCUUCAAGGUAGCAGGUCAGAAUCGAGGUCAACAAUGAUUACCGAUUCAGUGCGACGAUCUGAAAUAUCCCUGGAUCCCUUUAGGAACUUUGAAGUGAAUGACCUCACCAAUUACUCUAUGACUGAUCAGCGAUGGACUUUGCAAAGAAAGAAAAUUGGCCUGAAACGCAAAACAAAGGGUGCACAGCAAAGGCAGAAGAGAAAUUUGCAAUCCAGAGACAUUAGCAUUACUUUUAUAUUAUCCCACUUUACUCGCAAGGAAUGCCUUAGGUAUGUUCAAAAUCCCGAAGCUCUCACACCAGAGGCAUGUUAUUGUGGUCUGAAACAGGAGGAACACAUCCCUCUGACUGAGCUGUUGAGACCUGCUCCCAGAUCAAAAUCUUCUUUAACUCAAUUAGGUUUCAAGACACUGAUGGAGCAACCAGAGAAUGAACCUGAGAGUUCUGGUGGCUUGACCGCAAGUGUGCGGAAUGCCUUAUCAUUUGGAGGCAUGCGUAGGUCAAAGUCAUUUUUCACAAAGUCAAAUACCUUGGCGCCCAUUGAUAUACCAGUUAUACAGACUCCGACCAUCUCUGAAGAUUUACAGACUCUAGAACAGGGGCUUAGCAAUGGAGGACCAUCCAUGGAACACUUACUUGAUGUAAAUAAUCCUAUGAUUCAUAGAAGAGAUUAUGGACGUGACGAUGUCGCACAGGAACCCAAACAGACAUUAGGAGACACAAAAAUACCUCCACCUGAUAGUAAAUGGACGCCUGAGACACACUUUAGGCACUUCCCUACUAAUGCCUAUGGGAAGAUUGAGUUUGUGAACGAAACAAAAGGCUCUAACAAACCGGCAAAGUAUGUUCGUAUAGCUGAAGAUACCCGUAUGGAAAGUGUUGUGACUCUUCUUUCUGACUAUUGGCGACUGAUGGAACCAAACCGACCACAACUUGUCAUAUCCGUCACUGGUGGGGCCAAGAAUUUCAAACUCGAUGGGAAGAAGAAGGAAAUUUUUUGCACUGGUUUAAUCAAGGCAGUAAAAUCAACCAAUGCCUGGAUUGUCACUGGUGGAGUGAAUGUUGGGGUGAUGAAAAGCGUUGGGGAAGCUGUAAACCAAGGGCAGUAUAUUUCCAAGGUCAAAAGAAAAACCUUCUUUGCUGAGGAGGAAAUUGACCUUGUAAGAGGCAUAAGGUGCUUGGGUGUGGUACCUUGGGGGUAUAUUGAAGGCAGAAAAAAGUUGAUCUGUGAAGAUCCUGGAGAGUUUAAGCUUGUAAAGUACAAAGUUCAAGGACUGUCUACACCCCACGAGCCUGUGUCCUUGAAUGGAGACCAUACUCACUUCCUCUUCAUUGAUAAUGGAUCAAGAAAUAUGUUCAAGGGCUCUGAUGACUUCAGGACUCGCCUUGAAGAGGCCAUCCAAGUACCAGAACCUAUCGGGUUUGGAGUUCCUGUGGUGCUUUUACUGGUCGAAGGUGGCAUUAGUUCUAUCAUGAAAUGUGUCAUGGCAGUCAGGAGAAAUAUUCCAGUUGUGGUUGUUGCUGGUACUGGAAGAGCAGCUGAUCUGAUGGCAUAUGCAGUUUCCAUGACCAUUCGCACACCGGGAGGUCAGUAUAUAAUGAGAAAAGGACAUCAAAGACAACUGAAAACAAGAAUCAGCUUAACCAUGUUAGAAUUUGCUGAUAAUCAAGCUCAACAACAGAGUUGUGUUGAGUUACUUAUUGAGUGCUGCUCAAAGGCCAAUCUCAUCACAAUCUUUGAUAUCAAUUCACAUGAAGCAAUGGACAAGUAUAUUCUUUAUGGAUUGCUUGCAGGUGGGUGUGAUUCUUCUCGCUUAGACCAGUUGACUUUGGCACUGUUGUGGAAUAGACCUGACAUAGCUGAACAGCACAUCUUUCCAGCACAGUCUGAGUGGCCAUCAGGGGCUCUUGAAGAUCUCAUGACAAGAGCACUGCUGGAUGAAAAAGUUAGCUUUGUCAAUCUUAUAAUUGUAAAUGGUUUGGUCAUGGAAGAUUACCUCACAGUUGCUGUUCUUCGGGACUUAUACAAUAAAGCGUGUGAGCCAAACAGCCAUUUAGCACGAUUAUUGCAGAGAGCUUCUGGACAAAGCUACCACCAUCUUGUGCAUGUUCACAGUAUCUUGAUGGGCAUGAUGAGAAAACAUCGUGAUCCUGUUUACAUAGCUGAUACUCCAGAUGCAUUGUUAAGAAAUACUUCCAUAAAUUAUAAAACUUUUGCAGAUCCUUAUCUGGAGCUACUUUUGUGGGCCAUUUUCAGUGGUCGUUAUCAAUUGGCCAGGUAUCUCUGGGAGAGAUGUGACUGCCCUCUUUCAUCUGCACUUGUAGCCGCAUCACUGUACCAGUUGUUGUGGCGCUCUCUUGGUGCUAAAAAUAAAGAAAUAAGGGAAGGAUACUUGAGACAGAAGAACCAGUUUGAAAGUCUCGCAUGUGAGCUAAUGGAGGUUUGUUACCAAGAGGAUGUUAUUAAUGCUAUGGGCUUGGUUGAACGCCGUAAUGCUAAAUGGGGUGAUAUGGACUGCAUGGAGAUAGCUUCACUUGGUGACAAUUUACUCUUUAUAUCAACACCAUGUGCUCAGGCUAACAUCGAACUGAACUGGCGAAGGGGUAUGGUUAAGGCACCUUUUUUAGUUGUCUUUCUAGCCAAUUUCUUCCCCUUUCUAAUAUUUUGGAAAAAUUUUAUUUGUUUUCAAAAGCUUGGAGAUGAUGGGGGUGAGUUAACACCAUGGCAAAAGUUGUUUGUGUUCUACAAGUCUCCCAUAUCUAAAUUUUGUGCCCACUCAACGUCAUAUAUUUGUUUCCUUCUUCUGUAUUCAUACAUCGUUCUCUUCGACUUCACAUAUGAAAUGUCCUUCACAGAAAAACUUGCUGUCGGCUGGAUAUUAUCCUUCAUAUUGGAGGAAGUGGCAGAGAUACUAACUGAAGAUUCUUCUACGCUAGCAGGAAAAUUAUCUGAUUGGUCAAAUAGUCUUUGGAAUAGAUUUGAUUUUCUCUCGCUUAACCUGGCUGUUGUAGCCCUAGUGUUGCGGCUUUUUAGAUCAACGUUCAAGUGGGGGAGAAUAGCCUGUGCCGUUAAUACUACUGUCUUCUAUUGCCGUCUCUUUAGAAUAUACCAUGUCAAUUACCAUCUGGGUCCGAAGCUGAUUAUCUUCAACAGAAUGAUAAAGGAAGUACUGGUGUUUUUGGCCCUUCUUGUUAUCUGUCUCGGUUAUGGUAUAGCAUCCCAAGGUUUGUUAUAUCCUUCAAGAAACCUUACUUCCUUGAACAUUACUUCUAUUGGUUCGAUCUUUGAAGAUCUUCUCCUGAAGCCUUAUUGGCAAAUGUAUGGCGAACUUCUCUUGGAUGAAAUUGUAGGUGGUGAUAUAGUCCGGUGUCACCAGGAGUCAUGCAUCAUAACCGACGUCUGUGGCUCUGAAAAUGCAACACGGUGUUCACCUAGAGAGCAUUGUAUCUGUGAGAGUUCUGCUGAUUAUUCUUGGGUUGUCAGUGUACUUCUGUUUUUUUAUCUUAUCAUCGGAAAUAUUAUGCUGCUUAAUCUCCUCAUUGCUAUUUUCACAUACGUGUUUGAGGAGGUGCAAGAGAACAGCAUGGAAUUAUGGAAGUAUGAGAUGUAUCUUCUCAUCCGGGAAUAUGACCUUAAACCUGGUAUUGUGCAUCCUUUUGUGGUAAUUGAAUACACGUGGAGGGUGGGUAAGAAAAUAUGGAAGCUUACCUGCAGAAAAUCAAAGGAAAAUUUGGAUGACUACAUGAAAGAAACUCUAGAAUCACUGAAGGUUUUUGAGAAAGAAGCUAUAACGACCUACUGCUGUAAUGAGGCUAUAGAGCAAGAGCAGCGAAUAGAUAACAGGGUCAAAAGGAUGUCAGAGAAAAUAGACAGGAUUUCAAAAUAUAUUGAACAAAAAGAAGAACUUGAAGAAAUUGAAGGGGACUUAGAAUGGGUCAUCCAAGAAGCUGAGAGUAUGAAGCCUGCUGCAGAGAGAAGAAGUGCAAGGCACUCUGCAAGAUCUCGUCAUGCAAAGAGAAAUAGGUGCCUCCUUCCAAAACAGGCUCCUGCUUCUCCACCCUCAUCUCCAACAAAACUGAAGUCUCAGCUUUCAGGCAGGGCUUCACCCACAUCUGCAAAAUCAGCAGAAGAAUUGGAAGCCCUUCUUGAUGCAGAACUGUCAGAUGAUGACAUCAAGUAUGAACUAAAUCACCUUCAAAAAGUGGCAAAUACAGCUCUGGAUGCAAUGACCCCAUACACAGCAAGGUCUCGUGCAAUGACUGCCUUAGGAAAACAGUCUCGUCCGUUGACUCCUGCUGUAGCAGAUUAUUAUAAUGUAGCAAAAUUGGACAGUCUAACUCUUCGUUUGGAAGAGUUAGAAGAACAAGUUCGUGAGUCCCAUAAUCAAAUGGCAACCUUACUGCAAAGUAUCGUAGACAGACUUGACUCCAAACCCUCAACUCAACAUAUCAGAAAAAAAAAAUCAUAAGGAUACUAUAUGUAGGCAUACUAUCAGCGUUAAAUUUCAUUUGUGCUGAUCAUUUGUAGUGUUAAAAGAACUACAGUAUCUUAAAAGUACUUUAACCUGUUGAUUAGCAAUGUAUAUUGAAUGCAGUAUGUUACGGUAAUUGAAUAUUUUGAUGAAAGUUUUUUUAAGUACUAGGAUGCUUGUACAUAGUAUAAAUAAUUUAUUACUAGUACUACUUUUUAGUACCUUGUGUCCUCAGGUAAAUUGUUCAUUGAUAUCAGUAACAAGUAGCAGCCCAUUUUUAAAAGGUUUUGCCUUUGUAUUUGAAAACUUCAGUAGCAUACAAUAUUUUAAUUUUUGUUGUGAUCUCUCUCUGUUUUUUGUGUCAGUCUGUACUGAGUGUGUUUGGUAUGAAUCUGGGGUUCUUGGAGACUACUAUACCUAUUAUUUCCAUCACGUAUUUACAAUUGCAAAAUUUAAAAUCAGAUUACACAUAUAUUGAAUAUUAUUUUCAAACAACUAUACUAAAGUUAGUGAAUGUAUAUUUUGCCAUAGAUUGAGUCAGUGAUUUCUUGGGAAACCUGGAAGUGCAGAUACUAUAACACCUAGAGGCCAAAAUGUGUGAAAACAUUCUGUAGAUAUAGGUACUGAUGGCAAUGAUGUAAUAGCAGCACUGGGAUUUGCAGGUGUUCAUACAGAAUCUGAAAUUACUGCUCUGCCACUUUCAAGUUAUCUUCACUUAAUACUAACAGUUGAACAUUUUAUUUGUGUGGAUGUCCAAAAUAUAAUUGGCAACAAAUGUCAAGCUUUGAAAACAAAUUAGUUCAAGAAAUUUCGUGACAUUGUCCAUCACUUUCAGAUAAAUCAGUUAUAAAUUUUUUAGGAGAUGUAAUUUAAUAAAUAAAACAUGAACUUAUCUUCUAUGUAGAAUUUCUUGGGGGAAGCAUUUAUCAACAGAGGUUAUAUCAGUUAUGAAUGUUAAAUAAGUGACGACAGGGUCUUUGUUAGCAUUUUCUUAAAGGGUCCUAAAGCUGUCACGGUAGAGGAUUUUAUUGUCUUUGUCAUGAAGAAACUUCAUUUAGGCUGCAUUCACACCUAAUUCAAAAUUUACAUGCCUCUAAAAAUUUCAAAGGGCUCUUAUUUCAAGUUUCUUUUCUUUCAUUGUACCAGAUUUUACUCAUUUAAAAAGUCAUCCCACAUAACAUUACCAAAGAUGGAUUCAAGCCAAGAAGCUGAGACCUUUGCAAGUCUACAAGGUUAAGGUGAUCAUUUGCAGGUGUAUCUGAUAGUGUUCAGAGCAAGCAUUUUUUAAAGCCAUGUAUAAUUGUUUGAAUGUUCAAGGGCUCUAUGCUUCAUUCUUUCUGGAAAAUUUGCAAUUUCUGCAGUUGUGACUCAUUCCCAGCCUUGUCACUAUACUAUUACCUAGAAGCCUUCAGAACAAAGCAAGCCCUGUUUCCUCAAUCAGGACUCAUUUCAGAUGCAGUAAGUAUUGUUAAACUGUGGGAAAUGAAAUAAUUUACCUCUACCCUUAGAGUCAAUCCAAGAUUGGUGGAAAGUGAUGUUGACUUGUCAGGAUUGUACAAUGACUAGUACGGGUUUUAGGGCUAAGGGCUAACGUAUUCUGUAUUUUGCUGUCCCUCCACUUACCCUUUUCACUGUUCCAGUGCUUGGCCUAACAACCAAAUUUUCAUAAAUCAGCUAUACUUUUGAGGCACCUCAGCUGAACUUCUCCCAGUCAGCAUCUUUGUACAUAUGUACUUCCAAAGGGUAAACAGAUUACACACAAUAUCAGCUAUUAACAGGCCUAGAAUGCAGGAAUAAAAUUACUGGGAACUUCAUUGCAGAUUAUUAAAGAUUUGUAACAAUUCUCCAAAAUUAAUGAUAAAUUAAUGGUAAUCAAAUUAUGAAGGUGGUACAGUCAGUAUUCUCCAACAAGACAAUAUGUAUAUAUGGUAAGAAAUGUUUUUCGUUAACUCUUUUUGGGACGUAUCUUUUUAUAUUGUAUUACGUAUUAAUAGGUUUUACUUUAAAUGCAAAGAUGCACAGUCAUGGGACCAAUGAAAAAUUAUUGUAAGAUAUUAGCUAAUAAAAAGGAUUUUAGAUAUGUACACCUUUUAGCUAUAAAAAAUUAUUUAAUCUGACUACUGUUGUCGACAACCAAUAAUCAAUCCUUUCAGUUGCAUAAUUGUGAAAUGCAGACCUUCCAGUUCCUGAAGAUUUGAACAAUACUGGUUGAUUGUGAGAUAAAGGUACUCAUUAUAACUUAGAAAUUUGCAGUCAAGCUGGUCCUUAGGGAAGAGAGACGAUGAACUUAAAAUAUCUCCAUUCCUCAAGGCUAAGACUGAAUCUGUGUAGAUAAAUCUUGAAACUUGGAGAGGGCAGUAUCCCUUCUUUUAAGCAACCAGUUUUCCUACAUGUUAGCUAUUAAGUGGGUCGAGUAAGAGAUGGUUUUCCUGCCAGACUGCAACAACCCUAUGAAAGGGGCAUUUUCUUCAGUCACCCAUGGCGGUGGAAGACAUCUUCCGUUUGUUUGUUUGUAUGGUGUUUUUACAUUGCAUGGAACCAGUGAAGAUAUCUUCGGCACUGCCGUUGACCACAGGUCAGGCAAGCCAUGAAACAGCCAGGAAAGUUGAUGACGCAGUUGACUCCAAGGUAAACAGAUUCCUGAUAGGUGAAGAAUGAGCCCUUCACUUUGAUUUGGUCUAACGAUAUCCCUGGGCCUAGACAAAUUAGGUCGGAAUCAAUUUGUCUAGGCUGCAAGGUAACCAUGGGGGUUGCAUAAAACUUUAUUCCAGGGAAGAGGUGUUGGUAGAAAUUUGAAAGACCUACUGGAAUGCAGUGAAUUGUUCCAUCAGGAGACAAGAAAAUUCACCUGGUUAAGAAUGUCACAUUCAUGUUUAGAGCAUGGCGACCCUAGCGAUGUCUACGCCUCUUUCUUAGGCCUUGGCAAGGGUUCGAUACUUGAAGAUAAAUCCGAAAUGGUUGCCAUAGUCUCCUGUGCUAAGUCAUUACACUCAUGAAUGAGAUAAAGUCUCUAGUCACAAAAAUUCAUUAAACCCUAAACUUUCACUGAAUACUUACACACUAAACAUGUUAAACCCUAAACACUCACUAAACACACACUAAACAUUUACUAAACCCUAAAGAAUCACUGAAUGUGUCUACGCUAAACACUUGCUAAACACUAACAUUCACUAAAUCCUAAACAUUCACUGAAUACUUACACAGUAUAAACAUUUAUUGAAUACUUACACACUAAACAUUUGCCAAACACUGACAUGUACCAAACCUUCAUUAAUCCCUAAACACUUACACUAAAUAUUCACUAAAAUUCACUAAAACUCUAAAGAUUUGCAAAACAUUCACUAAGCCCUAAACACUCAGUAAACAUUCACUAAACCCUAAACAUUUACUAAACCCUAAAAAGUCGCUAAACUCAUCAAACAUUAAUUUUAAAGGCAAAUUCACAAUCGCACCAAUCCCCUGUUCCAUUUGCGGAUUACCAGACCUUUAGAAAUUGCCGCAUGGCUUUCCAGCGACGCCCUAGUUGGAAGACCACCGAACUACGUAGUAUUGGUAUGAACGCUGACGUUUUUUCUUCACAACAUUGGCUUUUAGCAGUGUUACCAUUAGGAGUUCUGAUUUUUUUUUUUCGUUAUUUAUGAUUUAAUGGUUAAAAUGCGAUUUUCCUAUGUAGAAUUAUUUUCCAUGAUGUAAAAAAAAAAAAAAAAAACACGUCACUAGCUUAGCAUGAAGUAUUUUUGACAAAGAAAAAUAAAGGAUUUCAAAAAAAUUAAUUUCUAUAAAUAAGCAGGAUAUGUGUUAUAACUUUAUUUUCAUAAUAAAACAU